AGAUCAUGCGGAGGACUAGAGGUCAAUGAUUAAAAUCGUCCAUUACUUGUACAAAACAUGGCAGACGUUGGAAGUGACGUCAUGGAACCACGUGACGCACCCAUCAUUAACGAACAUGUGCUCCAUGACUAUAUAGCUGGGGCAAUUGGAGGUAUGGCAGGUAUAAUCGUGGGCCAUCCAUUUGACACGACUAAGGUUCAGCUCCAAACACAGCUACACGACAAGCGUUACAGUGGAACUAUAUCCGCAGCGCUCAAUAUCAACAAAACUGGAUGGGUUCACGGUUUCUUCCGUGGGAUGUCCACGCCUCUGUUGUCGUACGGCGUUGUGAACUCUGUCUACUUCGGUGUUUAUGGUAACACCCUGAAGUUUUUAGAGGAUGACAGGGCAAUGAGGAAGUCCUCCUACCUGAACAUUUACCUGGCGGGGUGCGCGGGAGGGGCCGCCCAGCUGAUCCCAGUUAUACCCACAGACUACGUCAAGGUGGUGCUACAGUCACAGAUUCCCAGGGACGCCGCCGACUCAGGGAAGCAGAAAGCAUUCAAGGGUCCCCUAGACUGUAUAAGACAUGUUGUGAGACAGCAUGGCGUCACGGGACUGUAUAAGGGAGGCGUGGCCAUGGCCUGGAGGGACGUGCCAAGCUACGGUCUGUACGGACUGACUUACGAAGUGUUAUCCCACUGGAUGAAGACUUCUGGUUGGUCUGACUCCCGAGGCGUUAUUGCAGAUCUCGUGGCUGGAGGAUGCGCGGGAACAAUCACGUGGGCAUCCAUUAUUCCGUUCGAUGUCGUGAAGAGCCGGUUUCAGGCAGACUUUAUAGGAGAAUACUCCGGGUUAAUAGACUGUGCAGUGAAAAGCUACAGGGAAGAGGGGUUCGGAGUGUUUUAUAGGGGAUGUCUAAUCACGUGUUUAAGGGCGUUUCCCGUCAAUGCUGUGACGUUUCUUAUGUAUUCACAAUCCAUGAAGUAUUUGGAGUCAUCGUAGUUCACGAUGCAUAUGUUAUGAUAUAUAAAAACAACCACAGAAUAAACGAAAAAGUUGUGAAACAGACACAAGACAGCAAUAAAAUGUCACGUCCUUGUAUUAAAAGAGCACUAUGUCUUCAUUAACAAAAACAUACAUCAUCAAAAAAUAAAUUCUGAACACAUCCACGUCCACCUAACAUUCGAAAACAGAAAGAAGUGGCUUCUAAUUUCCACCAAUAAAA